UCGAUUCAAACAGUGCGUUCGGGUUGAAAAGCUGCAGCCACGUUGCGCACUUAUUUGCGCGUCUGUGUAGACGUUAAGUCGCGAGCUUUGGUUGUGUUCUCUCUCAGUUUAUAGAUGUUAGGCGUUUAUUGGGAAUAAACUAAACAUAGAAUAUUACUGAAUGUGUCGCUAAAGGCUUCUUUUCGUCUCGGAUGUCAGUGGCACCGAAACAAUGGAGUCGCACAUUAUUACACCAGGUCCUUACCGAGCUACCAAACUGUGGAAUGAAGUCACUAAGCUUUUCCGGGCGGGGAUGCCUGUGAAGAAGCAUCGGCAGCACUUGAAAGCUUAUCCGAGCUGCUUCACCGCCACCGCAGCUGUGGACUGGUUACACGAUCUCCUCAGACACAAUUGUAACUUUGGACCUGAGGUCACCAGGCAGCAGACUGUCCAACUUUUAAAGAAAUUCUUAAAAAAUCACGUCAUUGAGAAUGUGAAAGGACGGUGGGGUGUCGAGGACUUUGAGGACAACAGUCAGCUGUACAGGUUUCCACCAACAUCACCGCUGAAGCCGAUCCCAGCUAGUUCUCAAGGCACAAGGAAAAAGAGUUUGUCUUUGAAGGACAGAGAGGGCUUCUUUAAAUUGAGAGCUUCCAAGAAAUUUGACAAAGAAAUCCAAGAAAAUAUAGCUCCAGCUGUAGAAGAUUCUUCCAACAGUGCAUCCUCAGAAGAGGCUGUACAAUGUAGAGAAAUUACAGAGGAAGAAAUUCAGGAUAUUUGGAAAAAUGCAACAUUAACACAUUUGCAGAAGUUGCUUGGUUUGCCAUCUCUGGAAGAUGUUUUGAAUCCAGCAGAAGUCAAUUCCCACUAUAUUGUGUAUAACAUGACCAAAGUGAACAAACAUGGAGUUGUAACUUUGGAAGAUAAGAGCGAAGAUCUACCUCACUGGGUUUUGUCAGCCAUGAAAUGUCUCGCAAACUGGCCAAAAUUUGACCAGCCAUCUUACCCAGGCUUUGAAAGGGAUGUCUUCAAAUCAGUGUCUGACUAUUUUCACAGUCUUCCCCAGCCAAUGCUGACCUUCCAGUACUAUGAAUUGUUUGUUAAUGUUCUGGUUUUGUGCGGUUAUGCAGCUGCUCCCAAUACACAGCGUGGCAAGCGUAAAAACCUGGAGGGAUUGAGCUAUCCACAGCCAGCUAAAGCCCCUCACCUGAACUCUGCGAAUGCCUUUAGAUCCACUGAGUGCCUCUUGUUGAGUUUGAUAAGAAAGGAAUCUUUUGAAGAGACAGAUUCACCGAUGAAAGAGGUGUUUGCCACUAAAAUUAGGACCCAGUUUGCGGGUUCAAGGGCACGUUCCAACGGACGUCAACUUAACAGGUUUCCACGCAGGAGCUGCUCAUUGGAAAGAAUCCUGGACGAAUCUGUAGAUUCGUGCCCUAAAUGGGAGCUUUUUAGGUCUGCUGAAAGUCUAGCAUCAACAAGGACUAACAGCACUAGUCCCUCCUCUCAAGGAAGUUUUGAAGUAAAUAUGGAGCCUAAGCCUGAUUGUUCUUCCUCCGUGUCCUGUAACACCUCGACAAGUGAUACUUGUUCUGGUAUAGAGACUUCUCAAAGCAACAGUAGCUCAAGCUCCCAUCUCCUCUCAGAAUGUCAACCCACCAAGCAGAGAUCUGCCCGGCCUCGGCCCAGGAGCAUCGGGAAUUGUCUUGAUAUAUUGGAGCACAGAGAAAUGUCAGAAAGUUCCUUUAGCAUCAAUGCUCCAAUAGCAGAAAUUACUAUGAGACCAGACUUGUCCUCCUCUACCGUUAGUCUUAGAGGUCUUGGGUUGGUCCGUUUGCAUGGAAGUUGCUUGGAUGUCAGCACAGGGCCAAGCAAUAGCAGACUCUGUCGUAGCUCUCUGGAUCUGUGCAAGGCUGGUGUGCCGUCUCGUCCCUCAAUGUCUUCCAUUGCACGUCGCCCGAGUCCUGAGCAAAGCUUGCUCCAGCCUGCACUGGAGCGGCUUGCUAUUGAGGCCCUGCAACUCUGCACCCUACUCCUUCCUCCGGUAUCACGACGCAAACUGCAACUGCUCCUGCGCAUGAUCUCACGCAUGAGCCAGAACGUGGACAUGCCUCGGUUGCAUGACACCAUCGGGACACGCACGCUGAUGGUGCAAACAUUCUCUCGCUGUGUAUUGAGCUGUGAGGAGGAAGUAGAUCUGGAUGAGCUCUUGGCCACCAGGCUGCUGUCAUUUUUAAUGGACCAUCAUCAAGAGGUUCUCCAGACACCCAUGUACCUGCGCACUGCUGUUGAACAACACGUCGCCUACCUCAGAUCACAGAAGAGACACGGUCUUCCAACCUACUCAUUCUGCAAACAGAUCAGCACUCAGGAGUUUGAGGAGCAGAAGCUGUCUUUGUCUCAAACAGCUGUUGCAGAGCUGCUGGAGAGCAUCAUCAAGGACAAAGGCAUGUCAGUCAAGGAGAAGAAAAAGAAACUCAGAUUGUUUCAGAAAGAAUAUCCUGACAUCUAUACUCACCGCUUCCCCACCACAGAGAGUGAGGCACAGCUUUUCGCAGAUAAACCAAAGAUCAAACCACCAAUGUUGAUUGGCAUGAGGAAAGCAAAGGCAUUUAGCAUUCGCAACUAAAUACCUCUGGAAAAAAAAGUUGCGUGUGUGUGUGUGUGUGUGUGUGUGUGUGUGUGUGUGUGUGUGUGUGUGUGUGUGUGUGUGUGUGUGUGUGUGUGUGUGUGUGUGUGUGUGUGUGUGUGUGUGUGUGUGUGUCUGAGAGUCAUGUCAUGGAUGCCUUAGGACUAUGGGAUUGUGUCAUUAUUUACAGUUACAUUGUUAUUGGAGCUUUCAAUACUGCUCUCACUAACUCACCCAGUAAGAGCAGAGAAGUCGUCCACGUGACUGGGAUUACCUUUUAGUUGUACUAUUUCCUGGGAUUGAAGUCUUUUUAUGUCAUGACAUUUAAGGGAUGGCAGUGAAUUUUUGAGUUUUAUUUUUCUUGCGUUAUAUAUUUAUUUAUUUUGAUGCACAUAGUUGCCUUGCAUUUGUUGGAGCUCAUGGGUAAUUUUAACUGGUGCUUUUUGGGAAACUAACUAAAAACAUAGAAUUUAACAUGAAAUGUUUACAAAAGUAUUAGCAGCGGUUCGUUUAAGCAAGGCUGUGUAGAAACCAAAUGAAGGUGUGUCUUGUUUUAUAACUAUAUUUUUUUUUUGUCUAUUAUUUUAUUUAUACUUUGUGUUUCCCCAUUCCUUAUAUAACAAUUUUGUCUGAGAGUUUAACUGACAUGUUCUUAUAAGUUUGUUUGUUUUGUUUGUUGUGAACAUAAUUUCUGUGUUUUAUCAUUUAAUAUGAAUUCAUGCUGAAUUGGCUUCUCAAAGAAUCUUUAAAACUGAAUUCAAACCCAUGCUUUAAACCUUUAGUUUUAGCCCAAUAUGCAAUAGAAAUGAUUUUUGCACUAUUCUCAUCUGUCCUCAUAGAUGUUUAUCUAACCAUUUAGAGAUUAUUUUAUUCUGACAGUGCAGAAUUUUUGUUAUAGUAUAGUGCAUUGUUUUGAUAUUCAAAUUAAAUAAAAAAAAAUACAAAAAAGAAUGCUAAGUUGAAGUGUGAUCAUGAACAGUAUUCAUAGUGUGAUGCUUUUGUUUAACACACUUUAUUAACCCUGCCAAACAUUUGUGAUGUACAAUGUUUAUGGAAUUUAAGCUAUGCAAUAAAAGGAACAAAUUUUA